AUGAAGAAUGAUCCAAUUUUGGGCCAGGGACUGCAUUACGAGUUUCGGAAUCUUGUGUCCCUCGAAUCAGAAGCAUUCACUCCCUCGGCCCCACCGGAGCUUCUUGAGGGUGCUUGUACGACUUCGGUUGUGCCACUAUCUCUCCCCAUUAUCCAUUCUCUUCGAGCUGUGCGAGAAGCUAUCAGCAUAGCGACGAGGAUCCACUUUGCCGCUUUAGUAUGUGUUCAACUUCUUCUCGAUCGUCUAUCUGUUGCAGAGCCUCGUCGCGUGGUCGGUCCUCCCAGCAAAGCGUACGAAUGGGUUAGGAGAAAGUUACCCGAACCCCAAAAUGAACCUAUCCGAUUCAAGUACCAUCCUCCAUCCUGGGCUGAGAUUUAUCGCGCAAAUCGAAUUCUCUGGAUCCUAGCGACAUUCAAUUGCGUUCAUCACGCGGCGAAUAUACGGUGGUCCUGGUCAUCAGAGGAAAUCAACUCAUUCACCAAGCAAUAUGUCCAAGAAUGCUGGCUAAAAUGGCGCCUCGAGGAAUUGAAAACCAUUGCAGAGUGUCUGGCCGUGAUGUAUCCUAGCGAUACAGUGAUUCUGGACCAUUGUUUCCCCUUUCUUGUGACAAUUCCUUCACCAGAAAAGUCGAUCGCCCCAGCGCAAUUGUUUGUGCCUCCUCCUCCAAAUGGCACCGACCAGGACAAGGACUGGGAAAGGAUCCGUGCCAUGGCUGGACGAAAGAAUCACAUUAUAGGAAAAUAUCGCUUUAUGUGUGGUUUCUUCCGAGAUGUGAGACACACUCUCUUUUAUGUGAAAUUCCAAGCCUUCCGACGUGUUGGAGCCCCUAUCUGGGAUAAUUGA